UACAGGUAAAGAUUUUGAGACUAUCGCAAAUGUCAAAACUGUCAAUCAACCACCUUCUCCAAUUUAAUAAAUAUGGAUCACUCGUUAGACAAUUACGCGGAGUUUGAAACUGAAUUAACCGCCCUCGAAGAAGAAUCGAGAAAAAAGAAAUUGCAAGAAAAAGAAGCACAAAGGGCCGACCUAAAUAUAGAAACAAGGAUAAAAAUAAUUUCGAGAUAUUUCUUAAGGCUCUCAUGGCACCGGAAAAAGGAACUGGUACUCACAAUUAUCCGCAAUUUAAACUGCAUGGAUUCGAUUUUACGCCUUAUCAGUUAUAUGUCCGUUUGGUUUGGUAAAAUGGCUACUUAUACCAAUGUUAGUGCUCAGUGCAAGCUGGCUGACCCCCAGAUAAUUAUGGACCACAAUAGGUCUAUGCAAUUGGACUAUUUGGAAGCCACAAUUGCUGAAGAUGUUCAGUGGAUUGCCGGACUGUCCAAGGUUAACCAAGUACAAGUUAUCAUCAGCCUUUUGCAACUUGGAGGUGGGGGAUUGCAGAAGAAAAUUUACAUUCCUACAGUGAAAAUAUACAAUGAGCAGGUACAUAAGUUGGAGAAGAAUGAGAAAACCCCUUCUCAGAAAGAUUUGAUGUCAGUUCUUGAAGAAGAAAUUGAACUCAAGAAGAAAGAGGACCAAUAUCCUAAACACCAUCAACUUACUAUCGCAGUGGACAAGUUAAGGAAGAAGUGGGAUGAGACAAUUCUUAAGCAUACCAAAGAAGUUUUUGGAGCAAAAAUUAAUGAAAAAACUGAUAACGUUGAGAAGAAAAGUGCAAAAACAGAGAACAAGAAAGCACAUAAGAAAGACAAAAAAGGAGGCAAAACCGCUACAGAAUCCCCGGACUGGAUUCAAAUGCUUCCCAUAUGGAUUAUAAAAAAAAUAUUUGACCAUUUUGACAAUAAAACCUUGCAAUACCUUAAAAAAGUAAACAAUCAUUGGGCUUACGUUUGCGACAGCUUAAUGAAAGAUCGACAUGGAAAGGAGUUUCUAAACGAAGCGAUUGCAAAAAUGUCUUCGAAAGUUGACCAAGAGAUCCUCAAAGAAUAUUAUGAGAGAGAAAAAAAUCUCCAGGCAAAAAGAGAACCUGAAUGUUCAACUAGACGCCGAAUAAAAAAACUAAUUACAAGGGGCGCAGUCUUAAAGGAGAUGCGCCCUAAUGUCCCCAAAUCAAAGCAAACAUCCACAUGUUUAACCACAUCAUUGACUGAUAGGCAAGAUCCUAGUUUUUAUGACCCAAUUGAAAAACUGGAAGUUUUUCCAAGGUUGAUUAGGGAAGAUUUGCUGCUGUACAAAAGUUAUCCGUGCAUUUUAAAGGAUUUGAAUAUAUUAAUUGACGUGGAAGCCGAAGUGGAGAAGCAAAAGGACACUUUGAGUUACUCUUUAAGUCAGAUUAUGAGUGAUACUUUUAGCUUGAGUGAAGCUAACUUGGCUGAUUGGUAAACAGUUGAUUUUUUUUUUAAAUAAAAUACAAAUUUUGAAUUGAGGGGGAAUAUGCAUAGCUAAUAUAGUAAUAGACGUAAAAAAUAAUCCUUUUCACAAAUAAUGCUUAAAAAAUACCUAAAAGUUGUACACCAAUUAAUGAUUUUCCCCUCAGAUUAUAAAUAUAAAUAAAAAUUUGAUUAUUAUAAA